CUCUACAUUUUAGUCUUUCCUUCGUAUUUUACUUCGUGUCGUCGUCGCUUUUGUGAACAAAAAAAUACGAGAAAAGUUGUAAAAGCAACGAGAUUUUGCUUCAGUAUUUUGAGCAAAAUUUCAAGAAAAUAGUGCAACACAUAGCUAGCAACUCACUGCAACUUAUUUUUUUGUACCCCCGUCGUAUACAAAAGCCGUCAAAAUUGAGUCGACAAAGAUUGACGAGACUUUUCCUUCCACAACUGCUAUGGAGGAUAAAGCAACAACAAAAGAUCUAGAUCAAUGGAUUGAGCAGUUGAACGAAUGCAAUCAAUUGACAGAAACACAAGUUCGCACCCUCUGCGAUAAGGCAAAGGAAAUUCUCUCGAAGGAAUCCAAUGUGCAGGAGGUGAAAUGCCCCGUCACAGUUUGCGGCGAUGUGCACGGCCAGUUUCACGAUUUGAUGGAACUGUUCCGGAUAGGCGGCAAGUCGCCCGAUACAAAUUAUUUGUUCAUGGGCGAUUAUGUUGAUCGUGGCUACUAUUCGGUGGAGACGGUCACGCUGCUGGUGUCGCUCAAAGUGCGCUAUCGGGAGCGCAUCACCAUCCUGCGUGGCAAUCACGAAUCCCGUCAGAUCACACAGGUCUAUGGGUUCUAUGAUGAGUGCCUGCGAAAGUAUGGCAACGCGAAUGUGUGGAAGUAUUUUACCGAUUUGUUCGACUACUUGCCGUUAACGGCGCUGGUGGACGGCCAAAUCUUUUGCCUACACGGAGGAUUGAGUCCUUCGAUUGAUAGCUUGGAUCAUAUACGUGCAUUGGAUCGCUUGCAGGAGGUGCCCCACGAGGGACCCAUGUGCGAUCUGCUGUGGUCCGAUCCUGAUGACAGGGGUGGCUGGGGCAUUUCCCCACGCGGAGCUGGCUACACCUUUGGACAGGAUAUAUCAGAAACGUUUAACAACACAAACGGCUUGACUUUGGUCUCGCGUGCACAUCAGCUGGUGAUGGAAGGCUACAACUGGUGUCAUGAUCGCAAUGUUGUCACAAUAUUCUCAGCGCCAAACUAUUGCUACAGAUGUGGUAAUCAAGCGGCUCUCAUGGAACUGGAUGAUUCACUUAAAUUUUCAUUCCUACAAUUUGACCCAGCACCGCGACGCGGAGAGCCCCACGUAACGCGAAGAACACCAGAUUAUUUCCUUUAAGCUGUUUGCUCUCGGCACACGUGCAGCUUAAACAUUUAUACACACACAUAUUACAUCGCAUUAUAACAACAACAGAAAAAAUAUAAACAAAACGCAAAACAGCAAAAAAAUACAUAAAAAAACAAAAAACAAUAACCUGUAACAAUUUCGAUGCAUUUUGUGUUGUACAAUUGAGAAGCAGCUGCAGUUGCCACAAAGAAAAAAACAAAACUAAACAAAAAACAGAAACAGAAAUAUGAAUGAAAAAAGAUAACAAAAUUCUUCUGCGCAAAAA